AUGACAGCUACGAAAGCUAUCUGUAGCUCGGUGGCUUUUAAUGAUUUAAGCUGCAAUUCUUCGGGUAUUGAGGAUGCUAAUCAACCUCAUAGGUUGCUGAACUCUUGGCAUUCUCCUCCAUCUGAUUGGAUUAAAGUAAAUAUAGAUGCGGCUAUCCACAAUUCUUACAAGGCAGGUAUCAGAGUGGUAUUUAGAGAUCACUUUGGAAGUCUUUUAUUAGCUUUUGGAAGACCUAUUAUUCAUUGGGAUUCAGCUGCAGUGGAACACCAAGCUAUUCUUACAAUAAAGCAAGUGAUUAAGGAGUGGAUGCUUGAAUAUAGAGGUCUCAUUUAUGAAGGGGAUAACAUGAAUGUGAUUAAUUACUUCAAGGAGCUGGUGAAGAAUGGUGGUAAUAAUUCUUCUGAAAUUUCUUUUAUUAAAGAUUUUGAUUUUGUUAUUUUUAACUGUCGGUUUAAGACCGCCGGUAAGCCUCCGGACAAAAUUGCCGCCGGAAAAAAUCGUCGAAAUUCAUUUUCCUACGCCGUUUUUACCGGCGGUAAUUUAACCUCCGGAAAACUGCCGGAAAACUACAAAACCACCGGAAAAGGUUCAAUUACCGCCGGAAAAGGCCACCGGAAAUGUGUGAUUUUCCUGUAG